UGGAAACCUGUUAUUACGAAAAAGGUCUUGUUCCCAUUUCUUUCCCGAUUUCAAGCCCUAAACUUGUGUGUUUCUCGCUUUACGACAGUCACCGAGUGAGAAAGAGAGAGAGAGAGAUGACGCUAAACGAUGAGCAAGAGCACGAGGUGUACGGUGGAGAUAUCCCAGAGGAGGAGGAAGGAGAGAUGGAAACAGACGAGUACGAGGAAUACGUCGGAGAAGAAGGCGCCGCAGCCGGAGGAGAUGAGAAGCUUAAACCAGGCUCUGCCUCUAGGGAUUUAGAGGACAUGAAGAAACGAAUCAAGGAGAUCGAGGAAGAAGCUGGAGCUUUGCGUGAAAUGCAAGCCAAAGCUGAGAAAGAUAUGGGUGCUGGCCAAGAUCCAUCAAGUGCUAUUAGUUCGGCUGAGAAGGAAGAAGUGGAUUCCCGCUCAAUACAUGUUGGCAAUGUGGACUAUGCUUGCACUCCAGAGGAAGUCCAGCAGCAUUUUCAGUCCUGUGGAACAGUCAACAGGGUUACGAUUCUGACAGAUAAGUUUGGCCAACCCAAAGGUUUUGCCUAUGUCGAAUUUGUGGAAGCAGAUGCCGUUCAGAAUUCACUUAUAUUGAACGAGUCAGAACUGCAUGGUCGUAAGAUUAAGGUAUCUGCAAAGAGAACUAACGUCCCUGGAAUGAGACAAUUCCGAGGAAGGCGGCCUUUUAGACCCAUGAGGGGGUUCAUGGCUGCCCCUAUGUAUUAUGCUCCAUAUGCUUAUGGGAGAGUUCCUAGGUUCAGACGGCCAAUGCGCUACAGACCAUACUGAUCAAGAAAGAUUGGUGUUAAAAGUAGCAGCUGCCUUUUGUUUCAGGAAGGCAAUUAUCAUCUACCGGUGGUUCAUUCGAGACAGUUGUUCGAUUAAACAGAAUUGGGUUCAAGAAUUUUAUGGCAAAGGCUACCUUUAUGUUUAGAUUUUAUGUACUAUAUUUGAUGAGAGGAGCUAAUUUUGAGUUCCUUUCUUUUUUAUCUUUGGGCAAAACUCAUAAAGCUUUCCAUUGAGAAUGACAUCCACGUUAC